GGAUAGGGGCGGGGAAUAAAAUAUGGCGGCUGGUGUAAGACUGCUGCAGUGUAUGUACUUGCACAAAUAAAUGUAUCAGUUUUAUACUACACCAAGCCAUGGAACGCUUGCCAGAACUAUAUGAAAUCUUUCAAGGAGAGGUUGCUAACGUAACUGAUUAUGGAGCAUUUAUUAAAAUCCCAGGCUGCCGAAAGCAAGGUCUUGUCCAUAGGACACACAUGUCAGCUACCCGGGUGGACAACCCCUCAGAGAUGGUGGAUGUUGGAGAGAAAGUUUGGGUGAAAGUUAUUUCACGUGAGACAAAAGAUGGAAAGGAGAAAAUAUCCCUGUCAAUGAAGGUCGUCAACCAAGGAACUGGUAAAGAUUUGGAUUCUAACAAUGUGGUGUUGGAACAAGAUGAGAGGAAGAGAAGGGAAUUUAAAGACUAUAGCAAGCAGAAGAUCACACUAGAGGCUGUGCUAAACACAGUGUGCAAGAAAUGCGGAUGCAAAGGUCAUUUUGCCCAGGAUUGUUUUAUGCAACCUGGAGGAACAGUAUAUGAUUUGGUACCAGAUGAAGAAGACGAUGACUUUAGGGGGGAUAAGGGACAAACUGAACAUCGUUCUGCUAAAAAGAAAAAAAAGGAAAAAGAGAAGAAAAGAAAGAAGCGCGAGAAAGAGAAACAAGACUCUUCCAGUUCAGACAGCUCAGCGGGUUCUGACUCAGAUAGUUCUGACUCUGGACCAUCUAGGAAAAAAGGGAGACAGGAAGAAAAGAACCGGAAGACAGCAAAGAAAAAGAAGAGGAAACACAAGAAACGCAAACACAGAGACUGAGAACCAGCCCAGUGGGAGCUUCACCGUGUCUACUCUGCCAGAAGAUGCAGCAUUGUUUACCAUUGUGGCUGCUGCUUGCAGAUCUAGCUUUAAAGAAAUGUCCCCAACAUAUUUGUUUUCUGACACACGCUUUAAGCUAAAUCAAUGCUGUGUCAAUAUUCUGUUGUUAUGCCAGCAUAAGUAUGAGAAAAUAACUUAUUUGUUAGGGAAAAAAGAGGAAGUGUAUGUUUGUGCACAACUUGUCCCACUGGCUGGUAUAGGCAGCUUUCUUACUGGCAUUCUUUUAAAUAAAUCCAAUUAAAAAAAGGCUUGUGUGUCAUGUUUUUUUUGUUUUUUUUAUAAACCCUAAAUCACAGGUAGAGGGAUGAAUGAAUUGUGUAACAAACUAUUAAACUUGGGGUGUUAAAUUCAAAAUUGAGCGCGGCAUGGAACUGCAAUUUCAUGAGAAUAUUUUUUUUCAAUAAAUAAUUCAGCUUUGUGUUGUCACAUUA